AGGAAGGCCGCAACGUGAGUAGGACCGGAAAAAGUUUCGAGGCCACUUCCGGAUUAUGGGUCUCCGCCUCCUCGUUCCCGGAAGUAGAAGACAGCGGCGUUGCCAUGGCGGCGUCUCUGGGGCAGGUGCUGGCUCUGGUGCUGGUGGCCGCUCUAUGGGGUGGCACCCAGCCGCUGCUGAAGCGGGCCUCCGCCGCCCUGCAGCGGGUUCGUGAGCCGACCUGGGUCCGGCAGUUGCUACAGGAGAUGAAGACCCUCUUCUUGAAUACUGAGUACCUGAUGCCCUUUCUCCUCAACCAGUGUGGAUCCCUUCUCUAUUACCUCACCUUGGCAUCGACAGAUCUGACCCUGGCUGUGCCCAUCUGUAACUCUCUGGCCAUCAUCUUCACACUGAUUGUUGGGAAGGCCCUUGGAGAAGAUAUUGGUGGAAAACGAGCAGUUGCUGGCAUGGUGCUCACCGUGAUAGGAAUUUCACUCUGCAUCACAAGCUCAUGGCAGGUUCCAUGGACUGCAGAACUCCAGCUGCAUGGAAAGGGCCAGCUGCAGACUUUGAGCCAGAAAUGCAAACGGGAGGCCUCUGGGGCUCAGUCAGAGCGCUUUGGCUGAAUGAGGUGUGGAACCGAGGGGAAGAAGGUAGAGAGCUGUGAGCCCCAGCCCCACCUGACUCCAGCACAUAGCACACCUGGCGAGUAGUAGCUGUCAAUAAAUCUGUGGUAAACAGACGGAGAUUAGUAAGUAUUCUUUUAUUGUGACAAACUCGCUCCCCCGUUUGUGGCCUGUCUCCCAGGCUCAGUCAGCUACUUCUUUCUCUGGCCAGAGAAUCCCAUAAGGAAAUAGCCCCCACAGCCAGGGCUGCUCUGCUCAGAGGAAGGGAAGGCUGGGCUGUGGGUUUAGGAGCAGGAGAACAGGAAGGGCUGAGGAGGCCGCAGUGUACCCUGUGAGCCCAGCGGAGGUGCUGGCUCCUGAGGAACAAGCUGCUGGAGGCUGAGGACAAAAGGUGGCCAGAGUAGUGGUCCCCAGUUGCCCUCUGGAGCUGCUGGCUCUCAAGAUGGCAGAGCUGGGGCUGAGGCUGAGAUAGCAGCCCCAGCCCCAGGCUGGUUUUCCAGGGACAAGGCCUCUUCCACUAUCUGUGCUGCCCUCUGGAGGAGGUGGAAGGCCAUACAGAAUGGAGCCGUGAGUAUGGUCAGCCUCCAGCUCUCAGCCAGGAGGUCCCCAACCCCAAGGAAGGAAGAAACUGGAAAUUAGGAACUGCUUCCUCAUUUAACAAGGUAGGAAGUUAGGAGAUUACCUUCAAUCACAAGGGAGGAGAACUGUUCCUGGGACCCAAGGCUGCCAGUUUCCAGCUCAGAGCUCCUCCCAUCCCAACAUACUGUUUCCUGAUCCAACAGCUUACCUGAUCCAAGGGCUCCUCUGUCUGGGUGUCUUCAUCAUCUGCUACUUCCAGGGCCCCCGCUGUCUCCUUCCUUGGGUGGGGAGCUCCGUGUACUCCUAUAACUCCUAAAGAGGGGAGGCAGCAUUGGGUGAUGCCCAGGCUGAAGAGCCCUCAGCAUUCCUGCCCUGGACCUUCAUGCUAGCCCCUUUCCCUCCCCUGAACCUGGUUCUGCAUUCCCCACCACCUCCCAGGAUGGCAAGGAAGUGAGAGGUAGGCCUUUGGUCCCACCCCCAUCCCCUCUAGAUCCCACCCCUGAAGUCUCAUCGCUUUAAGCACUGCCCUUUCCAGGCGCUUCUUUUCGUGUGAUGAGGCCCUGUGAAGAAGGGACAGGAUAUACAGACGGGGGCAGCUGGAGACAGUUAUUAUGAGUGCCGGUUUUGUGUCUGAGCAUUCUGCUCCCAUGGACAUCCCCAACAACAGCAGGGACCAACCCAUGUCACUGUCAAAGGGCAGCUGAGAAGGGCCUGAGCCCCAGGGACCCCUCACCUGAUGGGAAUGAGAGUGUGGGGAGCUUGCUUCUUGGCUGAAUGGUCUGCUGGGGUCUGGCAUAGAAAGCAGAUGGCUUAAUUCGGUCUGGUUCCUUUGGAGAGGGCUGGGUUACCUGGGCCCUGUGGCCUUGGGCCUAGAGAAGGGACACUGGGCUUGGACCCUGAUUGCUGGCCAUUCUUACCUUUCCUACUCCCCAGUUCAGGCUUCAGAGAGCCCCUGACACCUGCAGGAACAUGGCAGAGGAGAUGCUGUCUGUCUUCACAAACUACGUCCUCCCUCCUUGCUGCCUCUUCCCACCAGCCUGACUUAUCCAGGGACGGAGCAGUAGCUUGACAUGGUGGAGCGUGCCCAUAAUCCCAGCUACUCAGGAGGCUAAGGCAGGAGAAUUGCUUGAACCGGGACCUGGGAGGCGGAGGUUGCAGUGAGCCAAGAUCCUGCCACUGCACUCCAGCCUGGACUACAGAGCAAGACCCCGUCUCAAAAAAAAAAGAAAAAAGGAAAAAGAGAGGAUGCAGUGAAAUAAGCCACAGCUGAAGCCAGUGACGAGGCUCUCUUUGGGGACUUUUGGGUCCUCCCAGUCCCCAUACUCACUUGUACACAGCCCCACUCUGCAACUUGACCUUCUCAGUCAGGAGCUUCAACACAGUUUCCCAGUCCUGGCUGGCAGCCUGGGACAGCUUCAGACUAAAUGGGGGACUUACCAGGUCCCCAUUCCUGAACACACUGAGACAAAAAGCCUGCAUGCUGGACUUCUACAUUCCCAACAGUAACCAGAGGCUCCUGGAACAAACCCAACACCAUUUUCUUGGUCUUACUAAAACAAACAUCGACACCCCUGCUCCCCCACACUGGCACUCACUGGAUAUAGCUGGGAGCACCUGCAGGCAGCUGCCGUCCAAUGACCCCAUCACACAAGUGGCGAGUCACGGGAGGACCCUGAAACCCAAGUCAGGCCUCCAAAUCAGGAGAGUUGGGGCCUUUGGUUAGGGGUGGGUCCAUCCAAGGUGUGGAGUGAGGGGGCUGGAACCAGACUGGGGCAGGAAGGGGGCGAGGACGAGUAAGACAGGUCACACCUUUCACCAAAAGGUGCUUCAAUGUUCCCGAAGUCACAUUCUAACCACCCCCUUUCCCAAUCUGUGUUUCACAGCUUCCUCUUUCCUUUGGGGACCCCAGUGUGGAAAUAAAGGCUGCAACAGAAGCAAGAAAUAGUGUCUUGAAAUCCCACACCCCAGGAAAGAUAGUAGCUGGCUCCAAAGUACCCCCCUCCAUGGAACUGGCAGAUCCUGCUGCUUCCCUGGCUUCCCAGACAAAAUUGGGGGCAGUUCCAGGAGGAGUGGGAAGACAGAGGGGCUGGGGCACAGGUUCCCCGGGACUCACUUGUAAUCUGCAGCUCUUCCCACCUGGGUCCUUCCCUCCAUGGGGUAAAUAGCUGAAAGGAUAGAUAGGUCACAGGUCAUCUUGUGGAGACCGAGGCCUCAAUAGCCUGGCAGAUGUCAGUGUUGGGUUGGGGCGCAGCUCACCAGAUAUCCCUCCCCAUGGAGUAGUGGCAAUCAUCUCAGUCCAGAAACAAGAUAUUGGCAGCUGAACCUGCCCUAGGACCCCUUGAGUGCUCAAGUGCUGUCUGGUAAGCAACCUCAGCUGAGAGCUAAGAGUAGGACCUGGAAGCCAGACAUGAGUCAGAGACUCAGGCUGUUUGACCAGCCCCAGCCCACUCACUGGAGCUUGUGGAAUCGUUCAAAUCCAGCGGCCACAUACUGCCCUCUGUUCUUCAAGUCUGCCAGGCUGGUGACAGGGUGGCCAUGACAAGGUGUGUUCUACCUCUGGGAGGAAUCGCGGCCUGGGAAUGCGGCCCUCGGUCCACUGAAGCGUGCCCAGGUCGCCCUCGACCUCUCGUACAAUCGCCUCAUACUCAGCUCGCAGGCUCUGGAACUGGCGUCGGACCAAGAAGCCCCGGACGCAGGCCUGGUAUGCAGAACGAGAGGAAAGAAGUCCCUUAUCACGGGAAAAAUCCUGUGAACCCCGCGCCCGCCCCAGCACCUGCAAUGCAGACACCUUCCGAACCAGCAGCUCUGGCUCCAUGGGCGCCAACGGCCAGGCCCGCCCGCGCGCCUGCGAAGUACGUCAUUGGUCGGCGUCGCUCCUGAGCAUGCGCAGGCGUGGGCUCUGCCCCCGCCGUUCCCACGGCAACCUCCUACCGUCCAGGGUAGAGGCGUCCUCGCGACAGGCGUACCUGCGUCUCCCCAGCCCCCGACUCCCCCUCCCGCAGCCGCAAGGGGCACUCCAAUCCCGCAGGCGGGACCUCCAUAACCGAAGGCACGCGGCGCUGGGCUGUCUCCGCGGAGGCCGGGAGAAAAGGCGCAAGGAGGGGAAGCAUGACACGGAGCCGCUUGCCUUCUUUCUGGUUUAAUUCCAUUCAACGCCCCCCUCCCCCAUAGCACCUGGGGGGCCGCAGAACACCCGCCCGAGUCCGUAAAAAGUCACAGUUUGAAGAGAAUGAGAGGGGCAGCGUGGGCCUGCGUGGGACGCCUACGCAGCGGACUGCUCCUCAGGCUCGGCGUUCUCGGCCAGGUGCAGCUUCUGGCUGUGCCCGUCAAGGAUCGUGGCGCUUUGGACCAGUCCUUCCUCCCACCCCGGUCUCCCAUCUUGCACAGGCUUAGUUUCCUCACCUGUGCAAAGGGCCGGGGACGAGGGUCUCGGGCCGUCUGUGGACUGAGGUUGCAGUCCGCGCCUGCCCUCUCUCAUCCCCUCUCUCUUCAUCCAGAUCGUGCAGGUCAGACACACUGGGGUGUAUGCGCACGCACUCGCGCUGUUUCUGACUGAGGACCAGGUGAGGUGGUAGUGUAAAUUAGUAAAAAUAAUUGUUCAAUGCUGAAAGGAUAGGAGGACAUCGGACAAGCUUUGCCAUGAUUGAUGUCAGCUAAAGUACUCACAAAGAUUUUGAUCAGUAGUAAAACAUCCCCUACAA